AGGAUGGAUGCCGGGGAGGCUCAUGCCCAGCGGCCUGUCAGUUUGGACAUCGCAGUGGAAGACAUGAGCGUGACAGGAGGAGGGUCGUCUGCAGCCCCCCCCGAGACGACCAGCAGCCCGGCCCCCCUCCAAGACACCACCUUACCCCCACAGGACAGCAUCGCCCUGGAAGAGGAGGAGUCUGCAACCCCCCAGGAGGACAGCAGCGCCACACCCUCCGAGAGUCUGAUGGACAGACUGAACGACCAGAUGAUGGAGAGCGUCAUGAUUUCUGACUCGCCCAAUAACAGCGAGGAGGACGACGUGGCUCAGAUUGACUCAUUCCUGGAUGCAGGAGACGAGGAGAUUGUAGUCUCAGGGAGCAAAGAACAGGAAAGUGAGAUCGGACAGAAUGCAACUGAGUUAGAGGUUCCUGUGGACGAUGAGGAGGAAGGAUGCUCAGAAGAGGAUGCAGAGGAGCAGAUGGAGUCUCAAGAGAUAGUCACUGACAGUGUUCCACCUCAAGGCGGCACACUAACCAGUUCAUCUGAUAAUGAUGGUGGAGAGACAGAAUCUUGCACGACCAGUGGGACGACCCCAAAAGAGGAGCCUGUGCCAGUGUGCACCAUAUUCAGCCAGGGGACCCAGCUGAAGUCGCUGGCGCCUGACGGCUUCCAGCCCACGCUGAUCAAAUCCCCCAGUUUUACCAUGGGGAGUGGUGGGGGGAGCGACGAAGCUGUGACCCCCAGCAAGCUGUCUGUCCCACUAGUAUGCCAGCCGAGUCCUAGCCUCAGUAAGUUCUUUACUGACAAUGGACAUGUCAAUCCAGCCUCCGACUUCUUUGAUUCUUUUACUUCAACAUCUUCCUUCAUCUCUGUUUCAAACCCCAAUGCAGAGGUUCCUCCUGGAGCUGGUCCUGCAGCCAUAGCUCUCACCCCUGAGCACCAGCUGCCCUCCAGCCCGUCCUCCAUCUCCACCCUAGGAGGACCCUUGGAUUCUGGAGCUCCCAGUCUGAGCUCAGCAUUUGCCCCUCCUGUUGAACAAACCACUAAACCUCAACCCGCUGCUCCCCAGAGUAUCUCUGCUCCAGCUCAACCCAUAGUCUCAAAUGCAGCUCCACCAGCACAGCCCUUUAACCAGCUCCAGGCUGUGUUCUCUGGUAGCGACGACCCUUUUGCAACAGCGCUAAGCCUGAGCGAGGUGGAUCGGCGCCAUGACGCCUGGCUCCCGUCUGAGGAGACGAGGAAGGUGUUAAUCUCCGUUGCCACGCAACAGUUCAACCCGGCUUACAUGGAGACCAGCAGACUGACUAUGCCUGGACUCAAGUUUGACAACCUGCAGGGGGAUGCUGUGAAAGACCUGAUGCUUCGUUUCCUGGGGGAGCAGGCGGCCACCAAGCGCCAGGUCCUCACCGCCAGCUCCGUGGAGCCGUCCUUCACCGGCCUCAAGCAGCUCAUCAGCAGUAAAAACUGGCGCGCUGCGGUGGAUCUGACGGGCCGGCUGCUGACAGCUCAUGGUCAGGGAUACGGCAAGGCCGGCCAGCCAAGCUCCCACACCACCAACUCGCUGCAGCUCUGGUUUGUGCGUCUCGCUCUGCUCAGCAAGUUGAACCUUUUCCAAAAUGCUGAGAUGGAAUUUGAACCCUUUGGCAACCUGGAUCAUCCAGAUCUUUACUACGAGUUCUAUGCCAGCGUUUACCCAGGGAGGAGAGGCUCGAUGGUGCCAUUUUCCAUGCGGCUGCUGCAUGCCGAGCUCCCCCAGUACCUGGCCAAGCCCCAGGAGGCUCUGGACCGCCUGCACACCCUCAAAACCGUCUGCCUCGCUAUUCUGGAGAACCUGGAAAAGGGGUUGGCUGAAGAUGGAAGCAUGGUUACCCUAACACAGGAAAACAGGGAAGCGUCUCUAAAGCUGUGGAGGUCUCGUCUCAGUCGGGUCAUGUACUCCAUGGCCAACUGCCUGCUGCUUAUGAAGGACUACGUUCUGGGCGUGGAGACGUAUCACUCCAUCAUCCAGUACGAGCCCCAGCAGAGAGCGCAGCUGCUCAGUGGAAUCGGACGGAUCUUCUUGCAGAUUGGAGAUGUAAAAAUGGCGCAAAGAUACUUCCAGGAUGUGGAGAAGGCCUGCCAGGUGAAGGGGAGCCUCGGUCACGCCACCUGUGUGCUAAUGAACAGAGCCUUCGUCUACCUCAGUCAGAACAACUACGCGGAAGCACACGCAUCUUUCCUUGAAGUGUUAAAAAUUGACCCAAAGAACCCUGUUGCCAACAACAACGCGGCGGUGUGCCUGCUCUACUUGGGUCGUCUGAAGGAGUCCCUGGGCCAGCUGGAGGGCCUGGUGCAGCAGGACCCGGCCCUGUACCUGCACGAGAGCGUCCUCUUCAACCUGACCACUAUGUACGAGCUGGAGUCGUCCCGCAGCACGCAGAAGAAGCAGGCGCUGCUGGAGGCCGUGGCCUGCCGGGAGGGCGACAGCUUCAACACGCAGUGCCUCAAACUGGUGUGAGGGGCACGAGGACGCGCCCGCCACGCCACGCCCGCGUCACACGGACUCAGACCACAUCUGUAACAUCAGGCAAGCUCCGCUAGUGAGAAACAAGAGAAGUGAACGCUGACGAGGAGGUUUGAGAGCUGCUUUCAUGGCACUGAGUGGAUGUGGGAAUCCAAGUUGAUCUGGAAAGCUGAUCAUCCACAUGUAAAAACAGCUAACGCGAGCAUCCUGUAUGUAACAAACUAAAUGUUAUUUAAUUUGGCAGAUUAAAAAAAUAGAUUGGAACAAAAUGUGCUUAUUUGCUAUCAUGUAAAAACUAUAUCAGCUCCACCUUAAAUACUGAAAGCAAAGAGGAUUACUCCGUCCAGAACGUCUGCAAACCAACCAGCAGCUCAGAAGGUCACCAGUUAACGCAGGACUUGGAUUGUUUUUGCAAAAACUAAGGGAAUAAAGUCCCUGUUCUCCAGGGUUCAUGAACCGGGCAUGCCCUGACCACCGACUGUUGCUAGGCAACUCCUGGGAGUCACUGAGCCGUGUCUGUGUGAGGUCGGACUGCGUUUUGUGUGCUUUUCUGGAAGAAUUUUCCUUUGCAGCUUAUUUAUUCCCACAUGUCAAUGUUCUCUCCUCUGCAUGCAGCGUUCCUGCUGUCAGACUGGAGGAAGUCUCCCUGAGGAAGAAAUAAUGAGAAAGUAGAAUUCAGGUCUGUCGUAGGUUGUUUUUGGGGGUGGAUGCCCCGAAACACGCUGAAAUAUAUCACAUUAAUCAAACGAAUGAGGGUGAGAUGAUUUUUGUUUCAUUAUUGAAUAUAAGGGACACGAUGUGGGCGGUUACUGUGUUCCUAGCUGGCUGGGGGUUUCCUACUUUUGCAUAGUUGAGUCUCUUUUGCAGGAUUACUCAACUAAACUAAGGAUUACUCAGCUAAGAGCCCAGGAUUGUGUUGCUCCGCCUGCAGCAUGUGCUCUUGCACUGUUCUUGUUCAUUUUAAUAAUAAAGAACAACCUCUUGCAGGUUGAGUCAAGCAAAAGUCUUCCCAGAGAACAAGUCCAGCUCCCCAGAUAAUCCCUGCUUUCAGUAUUUAGGUUCUUGAGGAGCAAAGUCUCAGUAAAAGAUUUUAGAAACACAUUUUUCCAAAAACUUUUAACCGUAAGAAGUUUUGGCAGAGAAACUUGAGCAGCAGAGUUGAAGCUCCCCGUCUCGUGACGUUCCCCGGCGGCUGUUCCCGGCUCUUCGUGAGGCCGGACAUGGGCAUUAUCCUGAACUUCAGCGGGCCGACCCACUAAACGCAGCUCCUCCUGCCGCGACGCCACGUUCUCCCCGAGCGCUCCGCUCCAUCUGCCGCUCAGUGAACACGAGCUCUGCAGAGCUGCUUCUCUUUCUGUCCACUAAAUGAAAAUGUUGACGAUUAUCAGUCCACAGCUGUAAAUAUCACGGGCACAUUUCUCUUCCAGUUUGAUUUUUGUCUCAACAAUUGUUCUUUGAUUGAUUUUAUGUUCCUCCUCUUGCUGUUUACACAUUGUUCAGAUCAUAUUAAUGUACAUUUAAAGACUUGUUUUGUCCUAAAUAAAAGUGUUCUGUUAAA